GCCCAAAAAAAAAAAACGGAACACAGCUGGUGUGGGUGACGGGUGUGGCUGGUGGGGGUUAGAGCGAGAAAGAGAGACAGAGACAGAGACAGAAAGCAGAGGAAGAGAGAGAGAGACACAAAGAUGGUCGAAGAGAAAGUCCUCUGAGAUCAUCCUGGAGAAGAAAAGGGCAGGAGGAAGAGAAUUAAAUGUUAUUUAAUUUGUGAUAUUAUUGUUCGAAUUAAUAUUUUUUUUUCUUUGCUGCCUUUUGAAGUCUCGAUCUCCCCUACCUAGCACCGCUCCCUCCAUUCAUUCGUUUCAACAACAUAUUCCAUUGUUUCUGCACCCCCAAGAAAAUUUGUAUUUACCCUUCAACAGCAGCAGUCGGGAAAAAAAAAACCUUGUUCCCUUUUGUACGUUUUUUUUGUGGGCUUUCUUCAUGGUAAAUCCUCUCUCGCUCACUCCUUUUGCUUAUGGACGUUGCUUGUUGACGAGGGUGUUCCUUUUUGCAUUCCUUAGUGACCCAUUUCUUUCCUUGUUUGUCUAAACUUCGUGAACCUGAAGCUCCAUUCUUAUCGGUUUAGCGGUUGAGCCGGGCUAUGCUCUUGUCGACGAGAAGGGUGUUGUGACAAUUCGUUAAAAAAAAAAGGAUGAGGGACCCCAACACGAAAGCCGGACGCGAGUGCCUUCCCCAAUUUGCAUCCGUUUGGGGUGAGUUGUACAAAAACCCUGGCGAUUUCGAUUUGUGUGUUGUAUAGCAUCGUGGUUGACCUCCACCACUGCUGCAUUGGGCUCGUCAAGCAAUGGGGGGUCGAUGGCACCCAUAUGGAUUUGGGUUCUCGUGUUUCAUGGCAUUGGUUGUUGUUUCGGGUAUGAGGGGAUGUUUGUCGCUUAACAGUGAAGGAUUGGCUUUGUUGGAUUUCAGGGCGAGAAUAGAUUGGGAUCCUUAUGCUGUACUUGCAAAUUGGAAUUCUAAUGACACCGAUCCUUGCGGGUGGUCGGGAGUUCAUUGCAUGGAUGGUGAAGUGCAAAUGCUGGAUCUGAGUCAACUAUCUUUGGAGGGGACACUGGCUCCUGAGCUUGGGAAACUUAGUAACUUACGUUCUCUUAUACUCUUCAAGAAUCAUUUCUCCGGUACCAUUCCUAAUGAGAUUGGAGAGCUUAAAAAGCUGGAGCAGUUGGAUCUGAGGGCAAAUAACUUGUGUGGAGUUAUUCCAGCAGAAAUAGGCAGGAUGAUGUCACUAAAACGCUUGUUGAUUCGUGACAAUAAUUUUGAAGGCGGCAUUCCUUUGGAGAUCAGGUGUCUCAACUUGCUAUCUAAAUUGGAAUUUGAUGAUAACCGUACGGCUUCUGUUGCCACUGGAAUUGGCUGUAUGAUUAGGAAAUUCGGACAUGCUGGACAGAGAAACUCAAAACUGAUUAAUAAGGCAGACUCAUUUAUAAUCCCAAUUAAAGGAGCUCUUGGGCGAUUUAUCCAUAUCCUGUGUAUGUCACGGUUCAGGUUUGGAAAGGGCACUCCGAAUGGAAAAGGAGAGAGUUGCUGCAGCAGUCUACCUAGUUCUUCUGAGCCACACAUGGUCUAUACUGCUCAGAAGUUCGGCAGUUUCGCACGGCGUAGACUACUUGAGCAAUCCACUAACCUCGCAGCUGCACCUGCUAGUGAUGGAACCCCCUCUGGAAAAAUCAUUGCUCGUCCAAUUACCAAGAGUAGUGGGGCUUUCCCAGCUGUACCACAUGAAAAGAAGAAACAACACUCCUCACCCGCACCACAGCCUUCACCUGCUGAUCACGAACGGUCUUUCCAAAAUCCAAGUGGUUUUGUUCAAGCGCCAGCCAAUCAAAAAUCUUCUAGUGGUGGCACCUCUGGAAAUAUGUGGAAGUAUUUCAUUUCUAUAGCUGGUGUGGCCGUCUUACUCAUUGUUGCUGCAACCGUUUUCUGCAUGUUACGAAGCCAAGCAGUGGCAACCAUAGGUCCUUGGAAGACUGGAUUGAGUGGACAGUUGCAGAAAGCAUUCAUAACAGGGGUUCCCAAGUUGAAUCGAUCAGAGCUGGAAACAGCCUGUGAAGACUUCAGCAAUAUUAUCGACACUCUGGAUGGUUGCACCGUUUACAAGGGAACACUGUCCAGUGGAGUUGAGAUUGCCGUUGCAUCAACUUUAAUUAAAUCUUCCAAAGACUGGUCAAAGAACUCAGAGAUGGCAUACCGGGAGAAGAUUGAAACACUGUCACUGGUGAAUCAUAAGAACUUUGUCAAUCUUAUUGGCUACUGUGAGGAGGAUGAACCCUUCGUUAGGAUGAUGGUGUUUGAGUAUGCCCCAAAUGGAACCCUCUUUGAGCAUCUGCAUGUUAAAGAACUCGAACAUCUUGACUGGAAUGCAAGGAUGAGGAUUAUGAUGGGAAUAGCAUAUUGUCUUCAAUAUAUGCAUCAUGAUCUAAAUCCACCCGUAGCACAUUCCAACCUAUGUUCAACUGCUGUCUAUUUAACAGAUGAUUAUGCUGCUAAGAUUGCAGAAAUAUGUUUCUUGUCAGAGGCUGCAUCCAAGUCAAAGAAAUUAGGUGAGGACAAAAAAGAGAAUUCAGAAUUGCCCCCACUUACUGAUCCGGAAACAAAUAUCUAUAGUUUUGGAGUAUUGCUGCUCGAAAUAAUUUCUGGAAAGCUUCCUUUCUCAGAAGAACAAGGGCACCUUGUUAACUGGGCUGCUGAAUAUUUAAAUGACAAGCGGAGCAUCAGCUACAUGAUUGACCCAACACUCAAGUCUUUCAAAAAUGAUGAGCUUGAUGUUGUCUGUGAAGUUAUCCAAGAAUGCAUACAACCAGAUCCAAGGCAGAGACCAACAAUAAAGUGCAUCAUAGCCAAAUUGAGGGAAGUGAUUGCUAUAUCACCUGAUCAAUCAACACCAAGACUUUCUCCCCUCUGGUGGGCUGAACUCGAGAUCUUAUCUGUCGAGGCAACUUAAGUCCUCUCCAACUCUCUUCCAUGUGCUGUAAGUCAACGUCUUUCUCUUUGUAGCUGAAUGCUAAAGAAUAGCCUUCAAUCCAUUCCACCUGCACAUAACUGAAUCCUAUCAAUUUAUACUAGGCACUCAAUCCAUUUUUUGUCUCUGUUUUCAUGCUUAUGUUCUUAGUAAUCAUGCUAUUCAGAUUCUUCCUGCUUCUCCUUCACAUUCAUAGCGAUACUAGUUUGCUAAAUUGUUUCACAAGUCGUGUGGUGCUGUUUCCCUCCUGCAUAAUAUGUACCGUAUAUUUGUAUAUUUAUGAAACUAUGUUUGAGAUGUAAGAUAUUUACAUACAUACCACUCGGAAGUCAGUCCACUGUACGUAUGAAAAUGAACCUUUUAAUUUGUA